CAAUCCCACCCUCCUCCUGUAAGUUUUCCCUCUUUGUUUCCAGACCCAUCCAAGAUGCCUAGUUCGCUGUUCGCCGACAUGGAGCGGAGCGGCGGGCAGGGGGACGCCCUGGAUGACCAAAGAGCCCUGCAGAUCGCUCUGGACCAGCUCUCGCUGCUCGGUCUGGAUAACGAUGAAAAUUCCCUGUAUGACAACGAGCCCAGGAAAAAGAGCGUGAACAUGACCGAAUGCGUUCCCGUUCCCAGCUCCGAGCAUGUUGCUGAAAUCGUCGGCAGACAAGGUUGCAAGAUUAAAGCCCUGCGAGCAAAGACCAAUACGUAUAUCAAAACUCCGGUGCGGGGAGAGGAGCCGGUCUUUGUUGUGACCGGCAGGCGAGAGGAUGUAGCCAUGGCUCGGAGGGAGAUCAUCUCAGCGGCGGAGCACUUCUCCAUGAUCCGAGCCUCGCGGAACAAAAACAGCAGCCUGAACGGGAACGCCACGGUGCCCGGGCCGCCCAACCUGCCCGGUCAGACCACCAUUCAGGUGCGGGUGCCCUAUCGCGUGGUGGGACUGGUGGUCGGACCCAAGGGGGCCACCAUCAAGCGCAUCCAGCAGCAGACGCACACCUACAUCGUCACGCCCAGCCGGGACAAAGAGCCCGUGUUUGAGGUGACGGGCAUGCCGGAGAACGUGGACCGGGCCAGGGAGGAGAUCGAAGCACACAUCGCCAUGCGCACGGGCGGCCUGAUCGAGUUCACCGACGAGAACGACUUCCACGCCAACGGCACUGACGUGGGCUUCGACCUGCACGGGAACGCCAGCCUGUGGAGCAAGCCGAGCUCCAGCGCCACGCCCACCUCGGGUCGCAAGCCUUUCUCUAACUACCGCAACGACAGCUCCAGCUCUCUGGGGAGUGCCUCUACCGACUCAUACUUUGGCGGCAACAACAGCAGCUCCCGGCUGGCCGAUUACAGCCCGCCCAGCCCCGCCCUCAGCUACACUGCCUCCAGCAAUGGCAACAACAACAACAACAACAACAACAACAUCAACAUGAAUGCCAACGCCAAUGGAUUUGUCUACGGCGGCGAGGUGAUCUCGCCCGAUUGCACUGAUCUGACCUUUGAUCAGUCGCCAGGAUUCGACCCCCCUCCGGCGCCACCGGGCCUGAUGUGGUCGCAGUACGAGCGCGCCGCCAAAGGCACCUCGGUCUCGUCGCCCGUUUUCCCCGCCAGUUCUUCCACGAAUGCCAACGGCCAGCGUAGAGCCAACGGGGUGGGAUGCACCAGCCAGCCCAGGCUGUCCCCGCCACUGCACCAAGCCAACGGCACGGCCGAGCACCCGUUGGCGCGCCGGGUGCGCAGCGACCCGGGCGGAGGCACCCUCAGCUUCCCCGGCUACUCCCCGGCGCUUCCGGGAUCCCAUCACCCUGGCGUUCCCUCCGACUCGUCCAUCUCCUCGUCCUCCUCGUCGUCCUCUUCAUCCUCAUCUGGGACGAGCCGCAAGGGCAGCCGGGACUGCUCGGUGUGCUUCGAGAGCGAGGUGAUCGCGGCCCUGGUGCCCUGCGGCCACAACCUGUUCUGCAUGGAGUGUGCCAACCGCAUCUGCGAGAGGAACGAGCCCAAAUGCCCCGUCUGCAAUGCUGCAGUUACUCAGGCUAUACGUAUAUUUUCCUAAAUGGUGGCCACGCGCCCUCCUUGACUUUCGUGAGAGCCUAAUAACGUGUGUUAUUGUACGUGUAUAUACAUAUGUAUGUAGAGCUGCAGUAUCCAAAAAGGGACAACCAUUUCUGGUGUAAUUGUUCAUAGUGUACUGUAGCUCGGGACAAAUAUUUUCAACAUCUAAUGCAUGUUUUAAAUAUUAAAGCCUAGUAAUCAAUAGUUUUAGUCAACUGUAAACAAGCAAGCGUUAAUGAAGUAAGGACAGGUACCUUAGUCAGUUCGUCGACUGUUAGCAUAAGCGGGCCUUUCGAUUCCGCUGAUCGAAUGUACCUGGAGUUCGGGGAAUCUGGACUGCUUCCUGUCUGACACACAAAGACUUACAGCGAUGGAGAUACUGCAGCUUACACAAUGGAACUCGUUUGAGGGAG